GCGGCGGCGCAACGCAAGGAAAGUCGUUUACGCGUGUCAAGCAAAAUCAAACAAAACGAAGCGUGAGUGAAUUCCGUUCGUAAAGAUUGAAAGGAAAACCCAAUACGUAUUUUCAUCUAGAAUGCCAUUCAACAACUAAAACUGAAGAUUUUAAAACUACAAAAGUCAACCGGCUUGGGAACAUAAGGAAAACGCCUGCUGGAAGCGUCGUUCAAAAUGUCAGGGAAAUCAUAUACAUUGCGUGAAAUGAAAUCAAUAGUGGACUACCUAACAGAAAACCACUUGUAUGAUGGAACUAGGGGCCGAAAGAUGUGGAUGGAUUUUGCAAAUUCUAAUAAAACAGUCAGAACCUGGCAGAGUCUGAAAGAGACAUUCUUGAAAAGAAUCCUGCCAGACAUUACUAAUCCAUACUACAGAUUAGACCCUGACCAGAUAUUAAGCUUCAAGCGAGGAAUUAAUCUUACACAGAAAGAUAGAAAACUGGAAUUGCGAUCUGUGAACACAUCUAAAACCAACGGUGCAAAUGAUGAAAAUGACCAGCCAAGUACUAGCAAAAAAGAUACAGAAGAAAAUGGUACAGGUGAGGAUACACAAUGUUCAAAAGUAGUUCACAACAGAGCAUCCACUGAGACCCUUAUACUUGAUACAUGUUACCAAACUGCUGAUGACAUGCAAAGUGAUCUUGAAGACAAUAAAGAACAAAAUGAAGAUAAUGCAAACAAGUCAAAACCAGCAUUAAAGUCUGUUCGGGAUUUCAUAGAAUAUACCGAACCUUUGACACCUAUGCUGCAAGAGGUUUUGAAUGAUUUUGCAACAGAUGAAGAUUGUUCUGAUGCUGAUCCACCUAUGCAAAUAGAUGAGAAUUAUGUAGCUCAAGAGGAAACAUCAGAUGCCCCAGAAAAUCCUACUUCAUCCCAGAGCAUUCUGAAACCAAAUAAAACACAAUACACAGGCAAAAUCACAAUAACUGAAGAAAAGGUUAAUGAACAAGAUGGAAAUACAAAACAUGAUCAAAAUAAUACUGACGAACCUGUAAUAGUUCCUGAUGACACAACAUUUUCUCAACUGGAGGAUGUCAUGGUGUUAGUUGAUGAAGCUCUUGCACAAGACAUAGAUAAGGAGCUAAGCAAAAAAAUUGAAAGUCAAGAUAAAGAAGCCAGUUCUAAUCAGUCCAUUCCAAUGACUGACAGUUUACUUCCUAAUAAUCAAGAAGCUAUCAAAAAUCAUACUACUAUUGAAGGUCCAUCACCAUGUGAUGAAAGUGGGCAAGGAACUAGAAAGGACAAUGAGAGAGAUUCAACUUCAAAAACCAAUAUGAUUUCGGACGUGGAGCCAGAAAAAAAAGGUGAAGGACUCAUUACAAUUGAUUCUAAUGAAGAAAAGGCAAACAACAAGGAGACUACAAAAGAAAAACCUACACCUAAGAGUCCAAAAUCUCCUAAAAAGUCUGUAAAUGAUGACAAAGUUCACGAAAUACAUUCAGACAGUAGCACUGGUAAUAAAGAUGUAGAUUCAAAGGUUGAAAACCCAUGUCUGAAAAGUGUUAGUUUAUUUGAUCAGUUGUCUACAGCUAAAUAUAGUGAUUCAGAUUCAAAUAAUAAAGAAAACGCCAAUGACCAGCGAGAAGCGCAAGUGCAAAAUUCUGCAGAAUCUAAAAAGAAUAAAGAUCCAAGGAGUGGUGAAACUGAAAUAAAUGAUCAAAAUAAUGAAAAACGAAAUACCAAGAAGCAACCACAAGAUGGUGUUAUUCUUCUAAAUUCCCGUACCACGUCUGAAAGUGUUGAUGACUCUGAUAUCCACCAUAGACCUCUUGCACGUUCAUCUCUCAAAAUUCAAAAGGAUAAAAAAUUAGCUAGCGUUUUUGGAUAUUCUAAUGGUGACCUUCCUAAAAGCAGAAGACUGAACGGUGGUAAGAGAACUACCUCCCACCGUAAAAUGCAAUCGGACUCCAGCGACUGGACGUCAACUAGCGACAGCGAGUACGUGUCGCCUCCGCACGGCAGGAGGAACAGAUAUGCUAGGAAAUAUCUGAAACCGCGUUCAGCCCGAAUAAUGUCGCUAGAUGAGGAAGGGGGCUUGUUCGUCAUGCUGGGAAAGAAGGUGUAUCCGCUGAUCAAAGAUGGCAAACUUGUCAAGAACUAUGUCACUUUCUUGCCUGAGAGUGAUCCCGAGGAAGAUGACUCCUAUUGGAAAUCCAAAUAUAUCGAAGAGAGGAAACGAACGGACGAAUUAAAAAAGAAGCUUGGACACUCUAAGCCAAAUGGCGUGCUAGAUAAAGAAGAAAAAGAGAGUUCUAUAUCUGUAUCUUCUGUCACUUCACCCCUAACUGAAAAUCGUGCAAGAUUACCGAGCCGGCAAGAAAGUAUUCAAGGCAACGAAGUAAUGCGACGAUAUAGCGGGGUGAUGGAAAAACCGGUCAGCAAAGAAACGUUAAAAAUCAAGUUCACUAAAAAUGAUCAAGAAGUACAACUAGAGGGUCACUGGCAACACAUCAACCCGGUUCUUGCCCAAGUGGUGUCCAUCUUACACAAGGAUUCAGACAAAAAAGCUGACACCGUCACUUGUGUGGAACUGUCGAGUGGCAACACUACGCCUGUCACACCUAAUAUACCUACUGCGGCACCCAUGGAUACAGGAGUACACGAUAAAGUGAACGAGUUAGAAUCAGCAAUAUUUAAAGAGAUAGAAGAGAAAGAUCAAAAAGAAGAGGAAGUACAUUCAGUUGAGGAACCAAAGGAAAAUAAGGAGAAGACUAUGCCAGCUGAUAACGCGGAAGUUAAGGAUGCUCAAGAAAAUGCUGAAGGGAAAUCUAAUAUUACACAAAGGAAAAAACGGGGCAGACCAAAAAGAGAGGUUUCACCAGCAGUUGUCACACAGAGCCCGGCUAAAAAACCUAAAAAGUCUGUAGAGCUAAGUAAAAUAGUUGAAGAAGUCAAAGCUCAAGAAGUUGAUAACAGGACACCAAAUGCCAGGCCAGUAAGGUCCCCUAGGAAACUAUUAAAUGGCAUUACACCAAAAGCCAGAACAACUAGAAAAUCAUCAGCAAAAGCACAACAAGAGGCACCCGUAGAAACUGUACCAACUCCAGUAAUCGAAGAGAAUGACGAUGAUGAGGUCCGCUACAAGUUUCCAUCGCCGGUGCCUGAAGAACAGACCGCUAAGGCGAAAACCAGUCCAAAGAAGCUCUUACCUAACAUCGCAUCACCCGAAAGCUUAUCCCACCACUCUGCAACUAGUAGCCAAGGUUACCUAGACUCCGACACUAGCCCAUUCAAAAUAAACUUCAGAAGAAAAAGACGACUAAGCGUCUCCACUGUAUCUCUUAAGAGCAGAAAAAUGAAACGCAAACAAAGGAGCAGAUCAUAUCCCCUGCUAAGACAUAUAUUUAGUGAUAGCGAUUCAUCCUGUACUAUCACCUUCAAAACUUCUAGAAAAGAACAGUCUACCAUCAACUCUGAGGUCUAUAGAUCUGAUUCUUACCAAUUUCUUAUGCCGCGAUCUCAGUCUAUGAACAUACUGGAAAAGAUAGAAGAGGCGAACGGUAACGAAACGGAGGCGCUGGCGAAUGAAAUCCGUAACCUUCGCGACGAGAUUAUGAAAGCUAAUGACUCAAUAAAUAAGACUGAUCCAGCCAGCUCCAGUAUACUAUCUCUUCCUCUCUCCCCAGAACUAUCAUACGUUGAGAAUUUAUCAGUAAGCAAAAGCGCUAUUGCGGAAGUAAACGACCACCCGACAAUCAAUGAGAUGGAGAGCAAUACUGCGCAGAAGACUUGCAAUAAUAAAUAUCUCAUGUCUGAAGUAGAUGUUUCCAUGCCUCUCAUGAACCAGGAUUGCGAUCUGCAAGAAAAAUACAGAAAGCACAUAAUGGCCGCUAUGAGUAUAUUAUCCGAUGCUCCAAAUUCUGCUGGACGGAAUUUGUCAAAUAACUCAAGCAUGAGAAUGUCUAUAACAUCCGAAUCUAUCUUGAAAACUUAUUCUGGUCUCAACGUUGAAUCGUCAGACUCUCUAGAUAGAAGACUUGAGCAACUGCUUUUGGAAAGCGCUCAAAAACCGGCGAAAGAGGAAGAAAAGAUGGAAGUAGAUACACAAGUAAAGAAAAGGGGUUCUAGAAAACGAUGUUCAACGCCCCAUAAGAAAAACGCUGUUCAUAACAAAAAGAAGGUCAAUCAAGAACCAGUUAUUGUAGAAGAAUCCAAAGUUCGCUGUUCUCGCGGUGGUAGAAGAUCAUGCCCGCCUUCCGUCAAUAUUGUUUACUGCGAACAAAAUGUACCAGACAACCUAGAAAUCAAUAUACAAGAUGAAAGAAUUGACGUCACUGCGGUCAACAAAAAGCCACGAAUCAAAAAAGAUGUCAUCAAAGUCAAAAUAACAAAACCUCAAAAGAAAAAGUCUCCUAAAAAGAAGCAGAAUAUUAGUCGCGGAUCGAAUACAGAAGGAGAUAACGAGUCUGGUGUGUUCUUGCACGGAUUUGACGAUAGUAGCGAACUUAUACACAACCAUACGGAGACUUGCCUUCAAAUCGGAGACUGUAUGAACCAAGAUGACUCCGACAGUGUAGAGUUUAUAGAUACGACCUCCAAAUCUAUAAUAUCUCUGACGUCCUCUGUGGCUUCCGAGAACAAAGAGAAUUUGGGUGGGAAUUCGACAAUGGAAAGUAGCAAAACAACAGCUGAGCUGUAUUGUGAUAACGCACAGUGUGCAACAGAUCUGCGUGAAGCCAGAGCAACAGAGGUCCGAAGCGCAGACAGCGGCAACACGAUGUAUUUCACUCCAUUCUCGAGCCGCUGCAACAGCGCUCUCACCGAGGACCUCUCGCCGCCUCUCCCCAAACCUCGCGCCUCCAAGUGGCUUUUUAAGGAGGGGGUACAAGCAUGA